UUUUUGAAGUUGUAAGUAAAGUCAGCAUGGUUUACUUUUUUCAGGAAGAUAUUUCAUCUCAUAAUUUUGUUACAUGAAACAAAACACAUAUAGAAUUGGUUUUAAAGAUCUGUAGUAUUCUCAUCGUUUCUGUCAUAGGAUAUUUAUAUGAAGUAGGAGUCACUUAAGUUAACGUGGAGGGAAUAUUAAGGGGGGGGGGGUGGGGGGGGGGGGGUCUGGACUAGAACCUAAACUUAAGUUAGUUUUCAUUGUCUUGAUUUCAAAAUCCGCUACUGUCCCACGAACGUAACAUUAGGUGUAUGUAACAGUAAGUGCAGAUCUAUCAUCAACAUAACUUAUUACCUACGAUGGGUAAAGAUAUUUGGUUGCAGAGCUCUGAGCUGAACAGGUUGAACCUGAUCUGAAAUUCUCGGAAUCUCCUAAAGUGUAAUCACGAACAUGGCUCCAUGCUUCUUCGAUGGGGAAUAAACCGUUUUGACAUGUAUUAUUGAAACGUGUGAUAAAAUUCUUGAGUUUUGCAAAAUGUACAAGAAGAUAUAAUUCAGUCUAUGCGAAAGUUUUUUGGACCACACUGUAAUCAAUGAACACUCAGGACCAAACCAAAUUUUGUCUGACAGAAAAACCUAAUGUAAAGUGAAACCAAGGAAAUCUUAUUUAUUAUACUAGUAAUACUAUUGAUAUUUUAUCUUGAGUAGGCCUAACAGCUUUUCUUUUACUAGGGAUCGCUCCUGGAUAAUAUUUUAGACGGUCCAUGCGGGUUUAAUCAUAUUCAUUUACGUAUUUCGAUUUGUGCGAUAUUUUUUUAUUGUAUCAAAUAUUUAAAUUACGCGGCGUCAAAAUAGUAAAGCUCAAAACGAUACAAUUUAUAAAAGAAACGAGUAACAGCAUUGAAGGGAACAUCGAAUUUAAGAUUCACUGUCACAAAUUAAAGAUGUUUUCUAAAAUACAAAAUGGUAAGAUGCCUGGGUUCUGUUGAUUAAGUGUUUAAGUUCAUAAUUGUUUGCGGCUGACCACAGCCAGGAUGUUUUCAGCCACUAUUUUAUCCCUUAUGCAGGGUUUUCACUAGAAAUUAUUGAAGAUGAGUCCCAGAAUCGUGGUUUAUUUAAGCAGGUUGAGUCCCAUGAAAAUUUGAUGCAUCCCAUGAAAGUUUAAUUAAGGAGUAAUUUUUCCUUCACCCCUAUUUAUACAGAGUGAACACAAGCUGAGACGUACCUCUGUUCACUUUCAACUCCAACAAAUUGUAAAAAUUGGUGUAUUAAUUGAUUCUAAUUGCCAAGCCCAUGCCUAACAGUGAUCACUUUGUACAUGUCACAUGAAAUUAAAGGUAAUCAAUCUUGACUUGGCCUUGUACAACUAAUUGUCCACGCCAGCAGAAUAACUUCCCCGAAUCUCCAAUCAUCACAACAACCCAUUCAAUAUCAAACAGCAUUUUAAUGAACUUCUUAUUGUGAUAAAAGAGAUGCGUACUAGUUUUGUUUUAAAAACCUGCUAAAGUUUACAAACUACACUACUUUCAAUUCCAAUAAAAAUGGCUAACGGAAGACAAACAUUAAUAUAGAUCCCGAUUUGUAAGAAAAAUAAAUACGAAAUAAAAAUAAAUAACUGCCAAUGGCAAAAUGGUUUCCACUUUGCAUCUUAUCUAAUUAUCUUUUUAAUAUUAUAUUCUAAUUCACACCUAAUUCACUGAUGCUAAACAAACAAGUCGGAUUGGGACAUUGUGAACUCUGUUCAAUAGAGCGUACCGUUUUACCUAGAUUUUUUCCUACUACAAGUUUUACUGUAAUUAAUACAGAAUAACGGGGCUUCUAAGUAAAAUUGUGAUUUUUACUCAGGAGUCCGACACGCGUCCGCGGGACUUGCCAUAUCAGACAAACUUGUGUCCCAAAUGAAUUUUCUGUGUCUAGGACACAGAUUCUUGCGUUAGUGACAACCCUGUCAUGUAUAUAAAAAUAAUGUGUACAGGUAAAGCCCAAUGUAUUUAACCUUGCCCAAAUUUUUAAAAAAGUAUCAAAUGGAAGAUGAGGCCAUGAAUCAAACAUUUCUAUUGAACGUUAUCAUUCCUUAAGUUGUUUCAGUUCUACUAUCACCUCGAUAGUUAAUGAUUUGAGAAUAGACAAGUGAAGUAUGAAUGUAUUGACCAAUUGCAGUUAUACCCAUCUCUUCCAUCAGAAAGACUUGUGGACUUUACAAUUCUGAUUUAGUUUACCAAGUUCACUGAUUGACGAUUCAACUUACCCGGUACCCUCGUCAGCAUAAUUUUUGCCGCAUCAGCGACACACUGCAAUUCAUGUGUCAUAUCAAGGGUUUAUUACUAGUUGUUUUGCAAAACCCAAAAUAAUCCCACACUCAUGACUUGUGUGCCUUGUAGACGUAUUGUUGGUGUCGCCAUUAUUGUCGUUUAAGCUUUCAUAUUCAUGGGACUCGCUUCUCUUCAUCCGUAAUGUUCAAUGUUGAUAAAAUAUUGUUAAGGGGCAAGAUCAAAAGAUCGAUGUUGGACAAAAAUCUUAAAUUCAAAUAAUUGGGGGGAGGGGGUAUAAAAUCUACCAUAAGUUUCUGUCAUCCGACAUCGAUUACACUUUAGUAGAAAAAGAAAAAAGACAAGUGACUGUUAAAAACUAUGUGAUAAUUGAUAUUACAUUUUAAUGAACUUUUAAUAGUUUUAAUGUACACUUUCAUUUGUGAAUAAACUGUAGAAAAAAUAUGCAGUGUUAUUUAUAAUCAUGUUUUUACUUGUUAAUCAUUUAGUUUCAACACUCAUCUUAUUUAGUUUUAAGGGGGGGGGGGGGGGGGGGGUCUUGGUGAAUACUAUGUGAAUUUAGUUUUUUGUCAGACAUUGAACUUUUGAUCUCGCCCCUAAGUUGUAUGAAAAUAAUUUACUGACAAUGACCAUUUUCUAUUUUUAAAAGAAGAAUUGAUUGUUGAUUGCUAUACCUGCACCGACUGCUAAUCAAUUUUCGGUGAUCAUUGUUGCAUCACUAAAUAUAAGGCUCACAAUGGGAUUACUUUCUAUUCAAUACACAGCAUCCAUUAUUGUUCUGUUAACACUUAAAAUGCAGAUAUUUUGAUAGAAUAUUAUUGCUAUAAAAGAUAUGUUUGUUUAAAAUGUUGUUUGUUUCAGACAGAAGCUCCCAGAAUGGCUUCUACAGACUUGCAAUGGUUGAUCAUCAGAAAUAAUUCCAGUUUUCUCUUGAAAGGAAACAAACAGACCUACAGCAGGGAGCCCAACAACCUGAAGUCCUUGAACUCCUUCCGCUACAAUGGUCUGAUUCAUCCCAAAACAGUUGGUGUUGUCCCAGCCAAGGAUGGAAAGGGAGUUGUCUUAGUGACAAAGAGGGCCAAAGCUGGUAAACGCCCUGGAAAAAGCUUCAACAAAAUUGAACUGAAAAGAGGCUCUCGGAAAACUUUCGGUACCAUCAGAAAAGUCCUCCGUAACAACCACUACAGGAAGGACCUGAAAAUGGCUGCUGUAAGACGAGCCAGUGCUCUGUUGAAAAGCCAGAAACCAGUUGUUGUAAAGAAAAGUGGACUGAAAUCCAAGUAGACAUGAUAUACAGCAACAAAUAAAAAUAAAAUCAA